AUGGCGAUUACCGGUUUAUUGGCAGUACAUAUUGGAUUCGUGGUAACCUAUGAAAAUAAGUCACAUGUCACUUGGCGUCAGUUGAAGGCAGACACUCCUGAAUUAUUGAUUUUCGAAGAUUUCGAUUUAAGUGGAUAUCGGAUGAAUGUCACGAUUCACGACAACAUCACUUCGAAUUCCGUGGUUUUCCCACCCAGGAAUAAGAUGGUAGUCGAUUUCGACCAUCUGCCACUGCCGUAUACGGGUCUCCAGAUGAAAAUGAAGUGUGCCGAAGAUUGGUACGGAUACUUUUGCCAUAACCACUGUGUGGUGAAAAACAAAUUGCGAUGUGAUGAGUAUGGAAAUCCGGCUUGUGCCCAUGGUUACUGUGGAUCGAAUUGUCACAAGUCCGGAUCGGACUGUCCACCCUUCGGAAAUUGCAGUUGCAUAAACGGUGGAGAAUGUAUACGCGGUAUCUCGGAAUCUGAGGCUAUAUGCCAUUGUCCAACAGGAUAUUGGGGUAAAGACUGCGAGGAGCUCGAAAUGUACAGGGUAAAACGAAAUUUUACGACAAAUUUCGGCGGGAACUUGACAGUUCCGAACAAAUUCUGGAAUCGAACCGAUAUCUAUCAACUAUUCGAAAAAUAUGGAGAGAAGUCUCGGACAUCCGGACACCAAGACGCACAGACAUAUCAGUCUUUCGGGAAAUUGGCGGAGAUUUGUGUGUUCAUCUGGUUAGUGACUACGAUGGGUUACUAUAUUGUCAAAUGUUGUGGAGAAUCGAAAAAUGAGAAGAAGAUUGUGGAGACUUCUGGAGAUGAGAAGAAGAAGACGUCAGAAGAGGAAAAGAAGUGUAUUCUGAUUGAAAUGAAUGAUAUGUGA